AUGGCUUCAAAAUGGAGGGCUACUCCAUCUUGGUAGUGUCACCCAGUAUAUGCAAGAUACUGGCAGCAUUAUCAUCAUGCAAUGCUUUGGAUGCGAAGCCACCAGAACGCCUACAGAAAGUUCAGGGAUUCCUAUUUCACUUCCCCAUGGUUCUUCCCUCAUGGAGUUCUUCCCUGGAACUCUCUUGCUUAUGAGGCUUGGCAUCCUUGGAACUCUCAAGGUCAGCACAUGGCAGAGCAGGAGUCUCCCUACAGUGUUUCCCAUCUCAAAAGCCCUGGGCAACCUCUGCAUAGCAGCAAUAGAACCCAGGCAUCCACAAGAGAAAACGAAGCACUGUGUGAAGAGGAAGAGCUGGAGUCGGAUUCAGAUGAUGAAGUGGAGUGCGACCUGAGCAAUAUGGAAAUCACCGAGGAGCUCCGCCAGUACUUCGAACAGACUGAGAAGCACAGAGAAGAGAGACGGCGACAGCAGCACCUGGACGCGGAGCGCCUGAAUGACUAUGUGAAUGCGGACCACGGCCUGUACUUCAACCACCACAGGUCAGUGGAGCCCCCAUCUGAGAAGCCCUGGGAGCGGCGCCAAGCAGAGAUGAGGCGCUUGUACGGGAACAGUGCUGCCAAGAUCCUGGCCAUGGAGGCCGCUAUGCAGAUGAGCUUUGACAAGCACUGUGACAGAAAGCAGCCGAAGUACUGGCCUGUCAUUCCCCUGAAGUUCUGAGUCCUGGGCACCAGGACCCUAGGCAAUGCCUCACAGUUCCUAGCCUUUCCCUCUUUAUCUCUCCUGUACAUUUUUUUCAGAGAAAAAGGCC